AGCCCCCCAGAAGUGGUUGAGGCCACCUGGCCAUUGGCAGGUGCUGAGCUCGAGGAGGAUGACCUGGACAUCAUCCCUCCCUCCCCUGAGGAGGAGCUGCCUCCCUUCUCCCCCUCUGUGCAGAGUGCCAGUAUUUUCAGAGACUCCCCCACUGGUGGAAGAUGCACAGCUGGCAGCUCCGAGGCUGGGCAGGAGAAGGUUCCCACAACACAUCCUGGAGGUGAUCCCAGUGCAGGGGAUUCAGUGCCCGUGGCAGGUGAGGCCGUGCCCGUGGCGCCGCAGCUGUACCGAGUGAUGGAGGCCAUCUGUGAGCUGGUGGAUGCCAUCCCCCUGCAGGAGCUGCAGGCCCUGCGCUGUGCCAGGGCCCUGCUGCAGCACAGAGACCUCAGGAGAAAAUUGCUGGCUAAUUCAGUCAGUUUGAAGCAAAAUGGCAUAAAGAACACUUUUGCUAGAAGCUGGAAGUCUCCCAUGGAGCAGAGCCCUCGUGUGUGUCCUGGUUCUGGUCCAAACUGGAGCUUCAGUUCUGACAGAAACUCCCCCAAACCCACAAACCCCUCAUCGGUGCUUUCUGUUCAUUCCAGCAACUUUUCUGCCAAAACAAAUCAAACCUUGGACACCUCUGGUGCUUCAGAGCAGAGUGCUGAGGGUGUGCCGUGCCCCAGGGGAAGUGGCUGGGGGGAAUCCUCCCUCAGGCUCAGCCUCCAGUCCUGCGACAGCAGCAGGGACAAAGGUCCAGGAACGGGGAAUGCCAGUCCUGCAGGGAGCAGCUUGGCUACAAAUGAUCUCCACUUGGACCUGGAUCACUUUGACAUCGAUGACUUCGAUGAGGACUGGGAGAGCUCGCUGGCCGUGCCAGCACCGCAGGCUCUGUCCCCACCGCGGUGCCAGCCUCGGGAGGGGCCACCUGCCAAAUCCCUCUUGUCCAAGAUUAUGUCCAGAGCCAAAGGGUCAGAUGUGGGAUCCGGUCCUGCUGCUCCAAAGCCAGGCCUCCUGAUGGCAACAAAGAACCCUCCAGAUCCAGUGGUUCAUGACCCCGCACUGGAGCGUUUCAGGGGUAUGAAAUUUCCCCAUUCUGCAGAAAUGAUGAAUAUAUUCCACAAGAAGUUUGGACUGCACUGUUUCCGGACAAACCAGCUGGAGGCCAUCAAUGCUGCUCUGCUGGGGGAGGAUUGUUUCAUCCUCAUGCCCACAGGAGGUGGGAAGAGCUUGUGCUACCAGUUACCAGCCUGUGUGUCUGCCGGGGUCACUGUCGUUAUUUCUCCGCUGCGGUCGCUGAUCAUCGAUCAGGUUCAGAAGCUGAAGACUUUAGAUAUUGCUGCAACAUACCUGACUGGUGACAGAACAGAUGCUGAUGCCUCAAAAAUCUACAUGCAGCUGUCAAAGAAGGACCCUGUCAUAAAGCUGCUGUAUGUCACCCCUGAGAAGGUGUGUGCCAGCAGCCGCCUGAUGUCCGCCCUGGAGAACCUCUACGACAGGAAGCUCUUGGCACGUUUUGUCAUUGACGAGGCCCACUGCGUCAGCCAGUGGGGCCAUGACUUCAGACAAGACUACAAGCGGCUGAACAUGCUCCGCAGGAAGUUCCACGCCGUGCCCAUGAUGGCCCUCACGGCCAUGAAAUGAAAUGAAAUUAAAUUAAAUACAUGCAUGGAAUUUAAUAGGAGGUUUACAAUGAGCUUCAACAGGCAUAACUUGAAAUAUGAUGUGCUGCCCAAGAAGCCAAAGAAGGUGGCGAUGGAUUGCUUGGAGUGGAUUAAAAAAUAUCACCCCCAUGACUCUGGGAUAAUCUAUUGCCUUUCCCGGCACGAGUGUGACACCACAGCAGCCAUCCUGCAGAAGGAGGGGCUGGCUGCCCUGGCCUACCACGCUGGCCUCACCGAUUCCAGCAGGGAUCUUGUGCAGCAGAAGUGGGUUAAUCAGGAGGGAUGCCAGGUGAUCUGUGCAACAAUUGCCUUCGGAAUGGGCAUUGACAAGCCCGACGUGCGCUACGUUAUCCACGCGUCCCUUCCCAAAUCCAUUGAAGGUUACUACCAGGAGUCUGGCAGGGCUGGGAGGGAUGGAGAGAUGUCCCACUGCCUGCUCUUCUACAGCUACAGCGAUGUGACCAGGCUGAGAAGGCUCAUCCUGAUGGAGAAGGAUGGGAACAGCCACACGAGGCAGACCCACUUCAACAACCUGUACAGCAUGGUGCACUACUGUGAGAACGUGGUCGAGUGCCGCCGUGUCCAGCUGCUCGCCUACUUUGGGGAAACCAACUUCAACCCCACCUUCUGCAAAGAUCACCCAGAAGUGAUUUGUGACAACUGCAGUAGGAAGAAGGAUUAUAAAUCAAGGAAUGUGACCGAGGAUGUGAAGAGCAUCGUGCGCUUUGUACGCGAGCACUGCAGGCAAGCGGGGCAGCUGAACGGCAGGAGGAAUCCAGGCUCUGGCAGGUACACCCUCAACAUGAUGGUGGACAUUUUCUUAGGUUCAACGAGUGCCAAGAUUCAGUCUGGAAUAUUUGGGAAGGGAGCUGCCUAUUCCAGGCACAAUGCUGAAAGGCUGUUUAGAAAACUGGUUCUGGACAAGAUCCUGGAUGAGGAUUUGUACAUCACAGCUAAUGACCAGGCAGUGGCAUAUGUCAUUCUGGGGGAGAGAGCUCAGGCUGUGCUGGAUGGGUCACUCCAGGUGGAGUUCCACGAGACAGAGAGUGCCAGUGCCAUCAGAAGGCAAAGGGCUUCCAUGGGAAAGAUGUCCCAGCGGGAAGAGGUUGUUAAGCAGUGCCUCAGUGAACUUACAGACACCUGCAAAACCCUGGGCAAAGUCUUUGAUGUGCAUUACUUCAAUAUUUUCAGUACUUCCACCCUAAAGAAAAUAGCAGAAACCUUGUCCUCAGACAUGGAGGUGUUGCUGCAGAUCGAUGGUGUCACAGAAGACAAACUGGAGAAAUACGGUGCAGAAAUAAUUAAAGUGAUGGAGAAGUACUCAGAAUACUCCAUCCAAGAAGACGCUGCCUGCCCGGGUGCGGACACGGGGAGCGCUGGCUCGCUGGGGAGCGAUGGAGAAGCAGAGGAUGCAGCUACAACCUCCGGCUAUUUCGGCAAUAACACAAACCAGAGGAGGAAAAGGAAGCGGCUGCCCAACGCCAGGGACUCCAAGAGGAAAAAGACAAGUGGUGGUGGCAGCCAGCAGUUCCACCCCAGAGGUGGCUACAGCAGGUACAGAAGGACCAAGAAGCUGCCAAGCUCGAAGGCUGCAGCUUCCUCUGGUGCCAGCUCCGUGUCCUACAGCGUUGGUGGCUCACAGGGGGCUGCUGGGAAGCUGGCCAUGAUGGCACUGCCCAAACCCAAAUCCAGGAGCUUCCUUCAGCCUUCGUAUUCCGUAUUUUAAGUGGGAAACGCAAUUACUGGACGAAUUUCCCCAAGAUGGAAUCACUGUUCAUUAAAUUUUUUGUUUCAUUUGCUGCUGCUGAACCUUCUGGGACUUGUGUAUUUGUAGAGUACAAAAGCUCACAUUAAAUAAAUAUUUUUUAACUUGUCA